AGCAGCGCCAAUAGGCCGAGAGGACGGACUCUAAACUUGGGAAGCUGGGAAUAGAUUUUCUGAUUCAGAUGGCGGGCAGUCUAAUGUACGCCGGUCGAUCCUCCAGCGCCGGAUUGGUGGUGGAUGCAGAUCUGCCACGUUAGGCGCAGCUUUGACGUCGCUGCUAAAUUUCCAUUAUUUUGCAAUUUGCAGAAGUCAAGUGAAAGAAAUGCACGAAACAAGACACAGGGAGAAAAAGGAAAAGGCCGUGGAGGCUGGGAUGAUGGAGCUAGCGAAAGGAGGAAUGGAAAGGGGAAGGCGAUGGAAGACAAAGGAAGUCAACAAGACUGGAAAAGGGAAAAGGGGCAUCACUCGACGAUUCCAGCGCGAUGCUUUGAAUCUGGAAACAAUUUCCUUCGCAUCAAUUACUUCGUGUCGUGCCUUGAUUCCAUACCUGCCUGCGGAGUCUUCUGGUGCAAGGACUUGCAAUCUCGGAGAAAUUAAACAAAGAAAACACACCCCCCAUUAUUUCAUUAAUUUAGGGAGUUAUUUUGAAUUCGACGGACUUGUAUUCGGCGGAUCGACAGAUCAGGCUCGACUGCUGUCUCGUCCAAAUCAACCAUGUUUAUUGCUUCCAUAUCUGCACCCAGUGCGCCGACCUGUCAAACAAAGGUUGCACUCUCCAUACCACAAAGUAGAAAUAUAAUAGGAAAGAGAGAAUAAAUGAGAAACGAUGGAGGAACCAAGCUCAAGCCCAUGCUCACUAUUGUCUACCUGUAAAUGGUUUUUUGUUGUUGCCAAAUAAUCCCACGCACUUUGCUUUACACCCGAAGGAAAUUAGACCGUUAGCAUGACAAUAGGAAGAAGAACGGAAAGAAGCAAGGGCCGAGGUGUCAGUUUGAGGAAAUCAAAAAAAAAAAAAGCAAAAAAGAAAAGAAAAGAAAAGUGAAACAGCCGAAACAA